GAGCUCAUGCACGGCCUCGGCGCCCUGCACCGGGCAACCGACCUCCCGAUCCAGACGCACAUCUCUGAGAACAAGUCCGAGAUCGCCUUGGUCGCCGAGCUGUUCCCGGAGAGUAAGCAUUAUACCGGUGUGUAUGAUGACCAUGGCUUGCUGACGUCCAAGACGGUGCUGGCGCACGCGGUGCAUCUGGGGGAGGACGAGGUGCGGUUGAUUGUGGAGCGUAAGGCGAAGGUCAGCCAUUGUCCGGCGAGUAAUAGUGCGAUUACGAGUGGGGCGGCGAGGGUGAGGUGGUUGCUGGAUAGGGGGGUUGAAGUGGGGUUGGGGACCGAUAUGAGUGGGGGGUAUUCGCCUAGUAUUCUGGAAGCUGUGAGGCAGGCGUGCUUGGUGAGCCGACAUGUUGCUAUGGGCGGGGACGAUGAAGCCAAGUUGAUUAUUGAGGAAGUGCUAUAUCUAGGGACGAAGGGGGGAGCGAGGGUUCUAGGGUUAGAUGGGACGAUUGGCGGGUUUGAAGUCGGCUUGGAGUGGGAUGCCCAGUUGAUUGGAUUGGGGAGCGUGAAUGAAGACGGGGAUAUGGAGGGGGAUGGAGCGGUGGAUAUUUUCGGGUGGGAGAGUUGGGAGGAGAAGGUUGCAAAAUGGGUUUAUAAUGGAGAUGAUAGGAAUACGCUUGCUGUUUGGGUCAAGGGGCGGUUGGUGCAUGAGAGGAAGCUCUAG